GGCAUGGUGGACUCCAAUAACAACCCGAAAUCCGUGGACAUUCCCAUCCCCUCGAACACCUCCAGCAGCAGGUCCAUCGACCUCAUCAUCCGGAAGCUCAGCGAGGCCAUCAAGAAGGGCAAGACCCUUUACGAUGCCCAGUCGCCGGGAGAUCGCGAGGAGCCGCCCAAGGAGUGGGACCCCUGGAUCCUGAGCCGCGACCGCAUGCGCUUCAUGCGGCGCCGCUCCAAGCGCCAGGGCUGGAUGAAGGGCAUGUACGGCAGUUACGAGAAUUGGAAGAAGUGCCACCCCUUCGGCGCCAUGCCUACGGUGGCACCGUUCCACGACUUCAAAUGGAACGACAUGGUCGACAGGAAUCAUCGGUGAGAGAGCGCAGAGCAUCGCAGGCAUGGGAGAGCUAGCUCAUCUUUUUUCCGGCAGGGGUUAUCAAGAUG